AUGGAUACUCUGGCCAGGAAGCGUAGGAGUGCUGGAGUCGGUGAUGUUGAAGAGGCCAGUGGGGCCGCAGAAAGGGAUUACGAAACAGCUUUGGGCCAGGCAGAGCUUGGAGUAAGCUCUGGCGGCGGUGUCAGUGGGACCCUGCUGAAUGGUGUGGUCGGAGGGGAGGCAUCCCCAGGAACUCUGGAAUCGGGGGAAGGCAGGGGUCAAGAAAUAGCCCAUCAGCUCCCCUCGGCGAAUCCAUUUCAUAGUGAACGUGUCAAGGCGGAGGUUGAGCUCAUUAGGAAUAGACCUACGUCUUUGGAUGAAGAUGCGAGAAGGGCUGUGAGAGAGUAUGACGAUUCUGCUCUGGGAAGCCCAGUGGGAACUUUUCGCCAGGAGCCCGACUAUUCGGCUUUGACAGGAGAUUGCGCGGUCGCUCGAGAUGCUCCCCGGGUGGCUCGUGUAGAGCCUUCGCCCGGUGAUCCGAGCCCAGCAACGGGGCUAGAGGAUCCUUUGGGUGCGGCUUCUGAUUUGGGAAGUGUGAACGUAUCUAAGGGGCCGGCUGGCCUUGGGCUAGGGGAACAGCGAGCAGGCAUCUCUGGGAGGGACACUGGGACUGGCGAGGAGGAUGGGCGAGAGCUUAUCCCCGCGGAGGAUCGGUUUGAACGUAUGGAAGCGCUACUUCUUCAAGUGAUGGAGGAGAAUCGUAGCUUGAAGCGUCGUUUGGACCAACAGGUUGAGUCUAGGUGGGAUGAUGGGAUCGGGUUUCAUGGGUAUGGGAAACAGGUGGAACGGUGCUCUUCCAGGGGAUCCGGCAUUCUGGGAAGGUACCAGGCAAGAGGUCCCAAGGCUCCCUCGCUUCCACUGCCGCUGCCGCCCGUCCCGAUAAGAGCUCAAUCCCCGGGUUACCCGUUGUCCCCCGGUGGUACGGUGAUCCGGCCGCCACCUCUUCCCAUCUCGAUGGCGCCGACGACGCCGAGAAGCUUUGCAGGUUUUGAGACGGUGGAACCAAUCGCUACAGCGUGCUUCGGAAAUACACGCGCUGAGGCGGAGGCUUCCUCUAUCACGGCGGAGGGUACCCAGGACAAGAGGGCGCGUGCGAAAGGAAUAACGGAGGAUGCUGAUUCGAAGUCGCCAUCGGCCGGGAGUGCUAAUGCCACGGUAUCGAGUGCCAGUCCGAUUCCGAGCCAAGAAGCACUGGUAGCGGAAGCUACAAAGUUGCUGAAGGGUGUUGCCUUAAGAGCCAUCGGGGUUGGUGAUGAUCCUGACUGGUCCUGGAUUCGAUCAGCCUUGGCCAGUGCUUCUAAUCCUGAGUAUUGUUUAAUCGACAGCGGCGCGACGAAUGCGCUGCAUCCUGCAGAAGCCGAGGAGCUGCGGGCAGGGAAGGUGAUCCGGGUUGACCUAGCCUCUGGUACUACGGAGUUGAGGAUUAAUGAGUUCGGAACUCUUCUUCAUGGAGGUCAGUGUCAGGCCUAUGAGAAUAAGAGGGCUGGAAGGCCUCUCCUUAGCAAGGCUGAGGUUGAGGAGGGAAUAUCAGAGGUGGACCAAUUGGUUUUCUUGAGGGCUAUGUUCCCUCAAGUGCCACUGAAGUUCUUAGCCCGGGCUUGUGCGGCGCCGUUGUCAUCUGAAAAUGUCGACUGGGCCGAGCUGCCCUGGAAUAGGUUGGUGACCUCGUCAUGGUUCCUCUAUGAGGCUAUUCAUGAGAUAAGAGCUGACUCCAAAACGAAGGCUGCCUUGGAAGUGAUACAGGCGCAAGAGUUUGGUUUCUCGCUGGCUGAGGGGCGCUACAAGGAGGUGUUAGAAAGGCGUCUUAUUUUAAGGAAGCUUACGGAGGACGACAGCGCGCGCAUUGGCGUAGUGGGACAGUCUUGGGACGUGGAAGCUAGUGGUAGGGAUCGGGGCAAGGGAUACAAGUAUUUUCUUGCCUGUGCCUAUGCAGUGCCCGAAAAAUAUGUGCCAGUCGUCACUGCCGACGAUGAUACCGCAGAGUAUGCACCGUCAGAGUGUGGAGAGCUGUUGCCGGUCUCACCUAACGAGGCGGACACCAGUGCCCUAGACCCAUUUCAGGGUGAGGACAUCUUUGGCGAUUUAGGGAGUCUACCGGAGCCUGGUUUGUAUGCGGUUACUCAUCGGGUCAAGGGGAAGCGACCGGAGUCUGGGACCGGGGAACUGGGAUCCGAGGUAGUGUCUUCUUCAGCCCCUGGUGUGGUGCCAGGAGGGGAUCCGACCUCUGGUGGACCUGUCAAGGGUCACCGUACCCUUUUCUUCGGGGUUCCGUUGAGGACGAAGAGGGGUAAGGAGGUGUUUCCUUGCAUUCAGGGGGUGAUCAACAGGUUAGAAGCAGCAGGAUUCCCUGUCCAGCGAUUUCACGCAGAUAGGGCCAAGGAGCUGCGAACGACGGCCCUCACAAGCUGGUUAAAGCAUCAGGCUAUUCAUCCCACUUGGACGGCCGGGGAGUCACCGGCAGGUAAUAGGGCGGAGUUAGCGGUUCAGAAUUUGAAGGGGUUCGUUCGGAAGCUCCUCUACAUUGCGGACCUUUCAAAGUCUUAUUGGCCGUUGGAAUUUGCAUCACGCGUCGUGCUCCUUACCAAUACUGUGUACCCCUUGGGGACAGGGCCUGUAGCAGUAAAGAAACCCAAGUAUCGACUGGUAGGUGAUUUUGUGGUCGUCAGUAAAGAUUCGACAGAAGGUGACUUUGUAGUCAUAGGGGAUGACCUUGAGGGUUCGGAGUCUGAUAUCAAUGAAACCGAUGUCUAUCUUGAAGAAGAGGAGACGGGUUCAGGCUUCUUCUUUGAGGUAGGACUAGCCGAGGCCCGGAAGGAAUUGGAUAAGUGGAAAGAUCCCGCUUUGGAGGAAGUUAAAAGUAGUUCUUACGAGAAAGUCGGGCACGGGGAAGAGAAGAUGUCGUGCGGUGUGUUGUGGCAAUUAUCUUCCUACAGAGUUGCUCUCAUCUUUGCGGCGGGGCAUCCGUCUUGGACGGGUGUUACGAUUGAUGUGAAAUCGGCAUUCUUGUAUGCCCCAAUCCGGAGUGAUAGUAAGGGUGUAGAAGAGCGUAUCAUAGUAAAGCCGCCUAGCUUCUUGUUGGAGCUGGGUAUCAUGACCCGUGACGAUAGGUGGUGGAUCCGAAAAGCUCUAUACGGGUUGCCGACGUCCCCCCGGGACUGGGGGAGAUACAGAGAUGCUGAAUUCACUAAAUUCUGCUUACGCUGGGGCGAGGAUGAGUACCACUUGGUUCAAGCGCUUUCGGACGACGCACUGUGGUUGGCUCGCAAGGUUACAAAGUCCGGGUACGGCGACACCGAAGGUAUCCUGGUCGUGUACGUCGAUGAUCUCGCGUUCCUAGCCCCAAAAGGGCUCGGGAAGGCCUUCGUGGCGGCAGUUCAGGAGAGGUGGAAGACCUCUACCCCAGAAUGGUUCAGUGAGAGGCCUUUGACGUUUUGCGGUAUGGAACUCUCUCAACAUGGCUACGGAUAUCGUAUGAGUCAAUCUGCGUACGUGCGCGAACUGUUGGGGCGUUACGGUAUCGAAGAGUCUGCGUCGACGCCGAUCACUAGAUGGACGGAACCAGAAGCGGGAUCUCAGCCGUCAGCGGAGGAAAUAAAAGAAGCACAAGCGAUGACCGGAGCCCUUCUGUGGUUGUCUACCCGAACCCGUCCAGAUCUAGCGUAUGUGGUUUCACGCUGUGGCCAGCAAGCAACGAUGUUCCUCAUGUUGUCGGAAGUACUUUUUCGGACCAUGGGUUGCUGUCGUUACCUAGGAGUUCCGGUGACGUGGGAGUCAUCCCGCCAAUCCUUCGUUACUUUGUCGUCGGCAGAAGCAGAAUUGGUUACCAUGAUCUCAGGGUUGCAGACUGCAGAGGCGGUUUUGCCUUUAGUGCAGGAGCUUGUGGAACAAGAUGUGACCAUUUCUCUGCUCGCCGACAACGAAGCAGCCAUCAGACAGUACCAGAUUGCCGAUAUUGCGACAAAGCCAUUAGCUCGUGCUAGGUUUCUGGUUGUUGGAGUGGCUGUAGUCUGGGGCUGGUGGUGGUUUUUCGGCUUGGAAGUCUUGCAGGUGCUUUCUCCAGAAGGCUGUCUUAUGACCGUAGGUGAAGAGCCGGAAGGUGCUCAGUGGAUGAUAGCUGUUGAGGAGUACUUGCUUACAGGGUAUCCGGAAACUGACCCUACGGAGGCGGCCGACGCAUACAUCCUUAGCGGAAUCAGAACCUUUCCUUUUGAAGAAAGGGAGGAAGCGGAGGAUGCAGCAGUGAUGAUGGUAGGGAAGCCCAAUUUGAAUCGGCUUCAUCCCGGCCGGGAUUGGCGCCUGGGCAAGCUGGUCCAACGGUGGACUUUGGAAGAGGUGGAGACCAUAGUUCACGGCCUUCAAACAGGGGUAGCCGUGGCCCAGGAAUCAGGCUUCAGCGAAGCAGUGGACUUGUGGUCUUGCCCCAAGGAUUCCUGUGAGUUAACAACCCUCCCCGUGUUCUCAGAUGUCGGGGAUCCGGAGGGAGAGCAGGGGUACGGGUGUGAUGGUUCGGUUUUGUGGGAGAUAGCAAGGUUCGUUUCAAUCGGCUUGAUCUGGGAAGCCUCACGCUGGUUCUGGAACAAAUGGUUCCGGAACCGGAAGUUGUCCCGGGACGUCGGCUGCCAAACCGAGAGUGAUGGGGUGUUGUGUUUGCCUUUAG